CUUAAUAGAUACAACCCGGCCACAACACCCAAACUUGUUUCGUUUGCAAAGUGUUUUUGCAGCAUUUCAAAAGCCACUGUCAAAUACAAUGAUCAAUCAAAAUAGAAUAUAGAAUCCUUAAAAAAUUUGAACAACUCUCAUAACAUAAAUUUCUUUGUUUCAACCUAUUAGGUGUUUGGUUUAUUAACGUCAUGGCCAAACCUCAUGAACUCAAACCAUUAUACGCAACACUUCUCAACAAAUGUUUUUCCUCGAAAAACAUAAACAGCCUCAAAAUAAUCCAUGCACGCACAAUUCGUUUAGGUAUUUCACACGAUGAUUUCAUUCGAACCAAACUUGUUUCUUGCUAUGCUUCAUGUUCCAAAUUGCACCAAGCAAAUAUUCUUUUUUCAUUCACAAAUCGCAAACCCACUUUCCUCAACAACUCUCUCAUUAGAGCCUAUUUAUCUCUCAACCUAUUUAAAGAAACGCUUUCGCUAUUUCGUGAAAUGAGGUUGUCUUAUAAACCCUUUGAUUGCCAUACUUUGCCGCUUGUGCUAAAAUCUUGCGCUGGUUUAUCGGCGUUAAGGCUUGGGAAACAAGUUCAUGGAGCUGUUUUGGUAAAUGGGUUUGCGUUAGAUUUGAAAAAUUCUAAUGCUUUGAUAAACAUGUAUGCUAAAUGCGGGGAGUUAGAAUUUGCGCGCAAAGUGUUUGAUGGAAUGUGCGAAAGGAAUGAGGUUACUUGGUCGACGAUGAUAGCAGGUUAUGGAAUGCAUGGUAGGUUUGAAGAGGUUUUUGAGAUGUUUAAUAGAAUGGUGGAAGUAGGAGAGAGGAUGGAUAAUGUGAGUUUUACGGUUGUUUUGACUGCGUGUAGUCAUGGCGGGUUUGUCGAGAAAGGGAGGGAGAUUUUUGAGAUGAUGAAGGUGAGGUUUGGGGUGAAACCUGAUGUGAGGCAUUAUACAUGUAUGGUGGAUAUGUUGGGGAGGGUUGGUUUAGUGGAAGAAGCAGAGAAGUUGACAUUGAAAAUGGAUGUUAGGCCUGAUGAAGCUUUGGUGGGUGCUUUGUUUGGAGCUUGUAAAACUCAUGGGAGGGUUGAUGUUGCUGAGAGAGUUGCAGAGAGGUUUUAUGGGACAGAGCUGAGUGUUGUUGCAUCCUCAAUUUGAAUUCAAUAUACAUGAUGUGGAGGAGGAUCUAGCAGAAGGAUAUCAUGAAAUGGAUGCUCGAGAGCUUCGCAAACUUAGUCGGGAUGAAAUUAAGGAAUACGUGAUUAAUAACAUGUGGAAUCCAGAGUACCCAACACUAGUUUACAGGAAAGAUUGAGCAAUCUGCAGCAGGGUGAAAUCAACCUUACACACUCAAUUUAUAUAGAUUCUAAAAUAUCAUCACAUAGCUUAUUUUGUGAUUAAACAAGAAAAGCAAAUUGAUUAUUCAUACAACUUUUUUAUUUUGUUGUCUUACACUUGUUAUCAUGGGUUUAUAACCAAGCUUACGAGUUAUAGUUUCAUGUAAA